ACACAUGACCAUCUCCCAGCGUUCCCAUGACUCGGGAUGCAGACAAGCGUCUUUGCGUCGUUAAAUCUGCCCCAACCUCAGCAUUGGCAGUCACCGCUGGACCUUGAAAGUGCCGGUAAAAGUCCAGACGUAUAAGAGCCAUACACCCCCAUUCAUAGACAUCCCAUAACAUACACCUCCAUUAUGCCUGGAAAGAGCGGUCUUGAACCCAACACGCGUUUCGUCACUACCCAUGACUCCUCCGGAAAGUCCACCUUCAUGAAAGAGGGUACUGUCGACGUCGUCCCUGUCGGUGGCGGAGCAGCUUUGUUUGCCCUGAUGUGGAGUACUGAUACCGCCAAACCUGACAUUGUGAAUGAUGAACGUGACGGUGGUGAAGCUUCGCCUCAGAAGAAUGAUGGUGUUCUAUGCCGUGAGAACGGCAACACACUUCGUUACAUCGACUUUCCUCCGCAAUCCAAAGGACUCAUGCACAGGACUGAUACUCUCGAUUAUGGAAUUGUUUUGAAAGGUGACAUUGAGUUAGAGCUCGACAAUGGCGAGAAGAAAUCCAUGAAGAGUGGUGAUGUUGCUGUUCAGCGUGGAACGAACCAUGCCUGGAACAACAAUACUGGCAACUGGACUAGGAUGGCUUUUGUCAUGAUUGACGCCCAGCCCGUGCCUCACGAUAACGACAAAGUCACUGCAUUUGCACCCUAAAUUGUGAGAUUGGCCAAUAGUUAAAUCAAAGGAUGCAGCUUGUGAAUGUGAUGUCUUUAGUUUUACUUUCCUUCCACUGCAGUAGCUGCAG